UUAUUGUAGGUUAUGGAAUAUAUGAUCGGAGGUGAUGUAAAAUCACUUCUCCAUGUUUGUGGGUUUUUCGAUGAAGACAUGGCUGUUUUUUAUGCUGCAGAAGCUGCCCAGGCAUUGGAAUAUUUGCACAGGCACAAUAUUGUUCAUAGAGAUUUAAAACCAGAUAAUAUGCUGAUAUCCUCAAAUGGACAUCUCAAGUUAACGGAUUUUGGUCUAUCAAAAAUAACUGUUAAAAAAGCUAUUAAACUCAUGGAUCUUCUUGGUUCACCUGGUUGUUUUGGCAGCAACUCUAAAAAUCAGUUUCCAAAUCGUACACCUGGGCAACUAUUAUCUUUGACAUCCGUUCUUGGCUUUCCAUCUAGGCGCAGCAGUGCAAUUGUAGGAGAUACAACUGCAAGUCCUUCGUUUGCUAAUGCUGAUAUGGCAUUUGGUAAAAGAAAUUGUGUGUCAGAUAGUUUGGACCUUAACUACAAGCAAGGUUCACAGUAUAGAAGUUCACCUUUCAAUUUAAUUAUUUCUCCUUUGGCUUUGAACUUUGAGAGUACAGAAAUGCUAGAGGUUUCAGCUAAAGAAAACUGUAAUGAAGACAACUCCAGACAGAAGAAAUUAGAGAGAUGUGACUCUUUUGGUUCUAAUUCAAGCCACAGUUCAAAUUCUAGCUGCACACCGUACUGUCCUAAGAAAAAACGAAAAAUUUUAUCCUCAAGACCAACAAAAAAUUUCCGUCAAAUUAGAUCAAGCUCAGGUACCUCUGGUAAUUGUAAAAAUGUAGAAGUGAAGAAAAGUAAUAGAAGUGAAGUGAGUAAAAGUCAGAGUUCAGAUAUAUGUAUUCAGAGAACAAAGAAAAGAAAAUGCUCCUCUGACUCAGAUGAAGACUUAAACAUGGUACUAAGAAAAUCUGCUGGAAUCUCAUCUAUGUUUGCAAACCUGCAGUUUAGUAAUAAUUCGGCAGUUUCUGAUGAACUUAGUGACAGUAAAAUGUCUCUAAUCUUUUCUAAUGAUGCAAUAAAUACAUCAAAUGAUAGUGUAUUUUUAAGUUCAAAUUCGAGCACGACUGAUUUAAGUGAAGAUAAACCAACAGGUAACUUUAAAACUUCUGUUAGUCAUUCAGUGGCUGAUUCAGUAGAUUCCUGUCAUUUACAUUCUUCAUUCUUUGAAGAGAAAAGUUUGAAAAGAAAUGUUGCAUUUUGUCUGGAUAGUGUGAAACUGAUAACACCUGAGAAUGAUACUAAAGGAUUGAAUGAGUAUAGCUGUACAGAGCACAGUAGUCCUGAUGCAAGUUUUGGAAAUAAUGAACUGAAAAACAUGAAGAGUAGCAAUGUUUUCUAUACUCCUGGUAAUUCAAAAAGUAAAGAUUCAAAAAUUCAUGCAGCUUUGCAUCUUUCUCAAACACCAUACAGAACACCUAAAAGUGUACGCAGAGGACCAGAACCUUCAUCCAAUCAGCGGAUAUUAGGAACUCCUGAUUAUCUAGCUCCUGAGCUUUUAUUGCAUAAAGAACACAGUUUUCCUGUUGACUGGUGGGCCUUAGGAGUUUGUUUGUUUGAAUUUUUAACUGGUAUUCCACCUUUCAAUGAUGUUACAGCUGAGGCUGUGUUUAAUAACAUCUUAAAGAGAGAUAUACCCUGGCCUCAAGAAGAUGAAGCUUUAUCAGAUUCUGCAAAAUGUGCUAUUGAUAUGUUACUGACUUUUGAAGCUGAAGCUAGACCAGGUGCGAAAGAUUUGAAAACAUGGCCUCUUUUUGAAAAUAUUGAAUGGGAAAAUAUUUUGCAAAUGAAAGCACCGUUCAUUCCUCUUCCUGAUAGUCAAACAGAUACUACGUAUUUUGAAGCAAGGAAUGAAGUGCAGCAUAUAAAGGUCUCAAGUUUUGAGCUGUGAUAUGAAAAUCAUUUGGAUUAUAUGUAUAUUGUAGCAGUAUCAGAUAUGUAAAAUUUUAAAUAUUUCUAAAAAACUAUAUAAUAUAUAUAUAUAUAUAUGUAAAUAUCACUUUUAAUAUGUGACUGAGAAAUAAGAGGAAAUUCUUUCGUAUUAUGAAGAAAUCCUAAAUUAUAUGUAAAAUUUGGAUUAUCAUAUUUUUUUGAUUUUCCUCUUUUAGAGAAAUUGAAUAAUAUUAUAGGCUGUAUUUUAUGCUACAUUUAAUUACAGCAAAUAAAAUAUUGCCAUACAAA